CCACCGCUGCUCUCUGCUGCCUGCCUGCCUCUCUGCUGGGCGGACUGGGGCAGAUCCGAGCCGACCAGUUCCGUGUUUCUCUGCUCACCCAGUUUACGGAGCAGAUCGUACCGGAGGACCGGACAGCGUCACGGUGGACAUUCCUGUCCAGCAGCGGCAUCCGUAACUCCGGGGACGACGGGAAAGUGAGCGCGGAGGUUACUUCAUCAUGACUUAAAGGAUCAUCACGCUGUCCGUGUCAAGAGUAAAGACCACAGCGACGUCACCAAUGGUGAACAAUCUGAUUAUGCAGACGACUCUGAACUCUCUGUAGCUCACCUGGGAAGCUCCAUGGAUUAAAAAGGUCACUUUACCAAAGUCAGGGAGGAAGACGUGACGCCCGCUCUGUGGGAGUUUGGUGCCUGAAACAGGAUCUCAUCAUCUGGACGAGCUUUUUGUGUUUUCUGUUCAUUUGGAGUAAUAUGGUUCAUGGAAGAUGGAAUAAAAUAUCAGUGGGAGUUAUUCCUAAACAAGGACUGACUGCAAAACUCAAGAAUGGAGCAGGAUUUUACACAGUAGGAUCUCGUAAUCUCAUAUCAGUUGUGGAUGGUGUAGGUACCUUGUAGGUACUACCCUGGACACGGUGGAUUUUACACACAAUUCAUCUAAAAACAUCUGAAGUGUAGCAGGCAGUGUUUGUCUGUAACUGGAAAAGUCUUCCUUUUCUCACUGUUGUAAAUGGACGUCUGAGCCUUCUAAAGCUAGAAGGGGAUAUUUUCCAUCUGUUUGGUGUCUCACUGUUGGCAAAAACAGGGAAAGCCCUCCAAACAUGUCCGGGACGGGAAGGAAGCACUUGGUCAGAGACUUUAACCAUUUCAUCACCUGCUACCUGUGUCGAGGUUACCUGAUUAAACCGACCACGGUCACCGAGUGCCUGCACACAUUCUGUAAGAGCUGUAUUGUGCAGCACUUUGAGGAGAGCAAUGACUGUCCUAAAUGUGGCAUUCAGGUCCAUGAGACCAACCCACUGGAGAUGCUCAGGUUAGACAACACCCUGGAGGAGAUCAUUUUCAAGCUGGUGCCCGGACUCCGAGAAAGUGAGUUUGCCAGAUGGUUUCAUCAAUCUGUCGCCUCAGUUUGCAGUCGCUGUUAA